CACCUUUUGGAAAGUUUUCAGUUCUCAUAUGCAUAAAGUAUUCGUCUACAUUAUUCAUAACAAUACACACAAUCAAAUAAAAGUCCUAUCUCUUAUUUAAAAUAGAAAAGUCAGUGUUCGGAUAUAUUGGUUCAUUCAAAGAUUCUGAGUAAAUUUUCAGCGUAAUAUUGUGACUACAUAAAAGUGAUGGUCAAAUAAAUAUGUGGGUAAAUGUUAUAUCGAAGAGAUUUAUUAAAAUGGAAUUUAACAUUUACAUUAUAUCAACAUUUAUAUGUAACUUAAUUUUUGUACAACCAAAUAUGACACCAAAUGACCCUGAAUUGUUGGAACAAUUAUGGAUUCAGUUAUAUCGUUACUUACCAGGUCCAUCAAUGGGACCAAAGUUAUCUUCUGAUUUAUCUGCAAAUAUUGAACUUUCUGUAAGCGUCGAUAAUUUGGAAUUAUUAUAUCAUAAAAAUCAGUUGGUUUGCCGUGCAAGUCUAACAUUGUUUGCUGAGUGGCCAGUAACUGACUCAAGAGUCACUGAAAGUACUUUGGUCGAUAUGGCCGGAGGUGGUGUUCGACUUGAUGUGGACAAAGUAUGGCAUCCUCAAUUAGUUAUUAAAGGUGCAUUCAGACAUGAUCGUUUUCAUCAACGUUUAGAGUUGCGUAAUCUAUAUGCUGGAAGUAAUUCAUUCUCUAAAUCAACAAAUCCCACAAAUUCCUUGAAUAGAGCGCAAGCUGGGAUAGCUGCACGAGGAUUACCUAACGAAUCGUCAAUUCAAUCAAUCCGUUCUCAUAAUCGCGCUAAAACGUUGAAGGUAGUUCCGGAUGGAGAUGGGCCAAAUUAUUCAUUCAUGGAAAGCAUCGUUGUGGAAGUUCCAUGUCAAGAGCCAAAAAAAUUCCAUCAUAUUGGUGCUAUUGUUUGUCCUGUAUGGAUAAAACAAGAAGGCUUCAUGAAAACACAACCGAUCAUCAAGUGGACUGAACGUAAAUGUUGUCUGCUCUCAAAUGAUGUACAAAGAAAAUCAUUUUAUCUAAGUGUGACAAAACGCUAUGAUGAACAUAUUGAUAAAUCUGGUCCAGAUCAAAGUCUUGGCAUUAAUAUUUGUUUUUCACAAAGUGGAAGAAUAUUACAAGGUAGUUUACCUCCAAUGCUACUUGUAUUAAUUUCAAUUAUACUACUAUGGACAAAUCAACUGGGUACACAUAAUCUUAGUUGUACACAAUUAAUUCUAUUUUUAUUUUCAAUUUCAUUUUGGCUAUGGAUGAAUGAACAAAACUUAAAUAAUUCUAAAUUAUCUGGAUUUCUUAAUGUAUGGUGUUUAAUGUGUUCAAGUUCAAUUUGUUUAAUCUAUUUAUUUGUUUUAAUUCAUCAUCGAUUUGUUUGUCGAUUUCUUCAACGAAAAUAUCAACAUUUGAAUCGUUUUUCGUCAUUUGGCUUAAAUCAGAAUAAAACAACCACAACAGGUUUUAAUACAGAGGGUCCAGUUAAUGAACGAAUGAAUGGACCAGGAUUAAUACAAACUUAUGGGUGUUGUGGGAACUGUGGUGGAUGCCCUGAUUCAUGUACUAGUUGUGUAGCAGGAAGAACCAGUACUGGAUUUAUUUCAUCAAAUGGUACAGCCGUUUGUUAUAGUAACAGUAGUUGUGGUCUAUCUGGUGGAAGUGGUCAUGCAUGUCCAGCCAUACCAAUAUUGCAAACAAAUCCAUCUGCAAAUAAUAGUCCUGGACCUUUAGGAUUUACACAAGCAAUGGGCCAAUCAACCAACAAGAGAGAGAACUAUGGUGACAAUUAUUUAUGCUCAGGUAGUUCAGAAUCCGGUAAUGGAGUUAAUAAUGGUACAUUUCGUGGAUUAAGAUGGAGAAAUUCCCGAAGACUUAAUAAUGUCAAUUUAUUGGGUGGAGAUUUAAAUCAACCUGAUUGUCAUGUAUGCCAGUCACAUUUUCUCACUGAUAAUAAUAAUGAUAAUCAUGCUAAUUUAUCAUCAUCUCCUACAGCUAUUGCUUUCAACGCAUUUUGUCAACAUCAACAUUUAUGCAAUUCAUCUAUAACACCAUGCAUAAAUGUACAUAAUUUUAAUGUAAAUAAUUAUCCUUCACCUUAUUGUUUAACAGGAUUAAAAACUUUAAUAACUGUAUGCUUUUUUAUAAUGAGUACUAUUUACUGGAUAAGUAUAUUUGCACAAGGUACAUUACCUGAAACAUGUUUAGGUAUAUCUUUAUGUCAAAUCAUAGAAACGAAUCGUUCAUAACUCCUUCAAAAGAAGAUAUUGAUAAACUAUUUAAUUGUAAAUAGAAAACAAAUGAAACUGAAUUUCCAUAAUAUUAUCGUUUCA